GUCGGACCACUCUGGCAUGACCAACAAAUUUAGCAAUAAACGUUAUACUGGUACUAGCAUUCAAAUAAACAUAUAAAAAAUAAACAUAUAGUUAUUUCAAAGCGCGUAACGUUACAAUUCAAACGGAAUAUCUCUGUCACCUCUACGGCGUCCAUACGCCAUGCAUUCAGAGUUUAAGUCGCUCUUUAUUUUUACACACACCGCUGUUUGUUUUGGUUUCAUUUCUGCUGAAUAUCACUCUGUUUAAAGAUGGCUGGACUGGAGCUGCUCUUCAACUGCGUAUCAAACUCUAUAACCUGUUCUCAAGAUGCUCUGAUCUGUUUUGUACACUGGGAAAUAGUGAAAAGUGGCUAUAAAUGUCUCGGCAUUGGAGAUGAUCCUAAAGAUGGAGAGAAGUCGUCAGAACUGCUUCCACCCGGCUGGAAUGAAAGCAAUGAGCUGUAUGCACUCAGAUACAGAUCAAACGAUGACCGGUCAAACCUACUGCUCAAAGCCUUCACCGUGGAUUCAACCCUGAUCUUUAAUUUAAUGGACUCCACAACAGAAAAAGUAACCGAUCUCACAAUUAACUGCAGUGAGUAUGUUGAUGAGGCCAAUAUGCAGACGUAUGAAAGCGUGUUUAAGAACACAGAUGAGUUGACCGCAAAGCUCAAAUCCUCACUGCUGCCCACUAAAAAAGAGGAGCGUCAAGGAAAGACAGAGAGGAAGACAGACCGGGAAAGAGCUUCAAACUUAAGGGACCCUCACCGUGAUCCGCUCCUGAUCCCAACCAGAGGCCCUUCAAACCGACAGCCUCCUAACUGGCCUGACCCGAUGGCUCCUUUUGCUGCAGGUGGUGCCGAUCUGGAUCCCUUCGGGGGAAGGGCAGGAGGAAUGAUCGUCGAUCCAUUACGUGCCGGGUUUCCUCGCUCAGGGUUUGACCCCUCCUCUGGUAUUCCCGGAGUCCUCCCUCCGGGCGCUGUGCCUCCUGGUGCCCGCUUUGACCCCUUCGGGCCGGUUGGGCGACACAGACCCGGGCCAGACCCUGAUCACAUGCCUCCACCAGGCUAUGAUGACAUGUUCAUGUAGAAUAAGGAGGACGCACUUAUGCAACAUAUCAUAACUCUCACUGCUCUGCAGUCUUAUGCACUUUCUCUUUGAAUAAACUGUUGUGAAACAGAAUUCCUUAAAAAAAUAGCACAAUUGUUUUCAUUUUGAUAUUGAUAAAAAUAAUUCAUUUGUUUCCUCUGUUAUCCUGCAUUGGUAAAUUAAACUGCUUUUAUUCUGUCCCA